AACUAGGAAGUGACUUCCGCCAGCUCAAACCCUAAAAGAUUCGAGCCAAUAGAACGCAAAUCCGGGAUCGAUCACUCCCUUUACUAGAACAGUAGCACUGGGUUGGAUUCAAAGCUACCCCUCACUUUAUCACAUUGCUGAGAUCCCGUCUUCUCUUCUAUUCUGCCAUCGAUUUGAGAUUUGGAUGAAAGUUACAAUUCAUACUUCAAGCAGAGUGCAUCCUUAAUUGGGAUUAUGAGUUGUACAUGCUUAGUUAAGUAAUUUGUGGUGCAAGAAUGGUGGAAACUUGUGUUGGUCCAAGUGAACUUCAUUUGAAGAAGGAGCUUACUGCUCUUCAAAAGGCUCAUUUUUUACGUGACCCUGAAACAUGUUCUUCUUGGAGGUCUCCAGUGAGUUCCAAUUCUGUGAUUGCUACCUCCAAUCUAAACUCCAAAACUCGAAUAAUAGGUGAUUUAUCUGGAAAAACCAGUGAUGGUGUAUCACUUGAAAUGCUUAACAAAGGUGAAGCAAAGAGCAAUAAGAUAUAUCUUCAUAAUUGGAAGCACCAAUCUACUAGAUCCAUUGAUGAUGGAGUGAAAUUAAUUGAAGAAGACAAACAACUAUCAGUUAUGGAAACUUCUGAAGACAACCUAACUAAUUAUCAUGUUCUGGAUCCUAAUAGUAAUGCAUAUCCAGAAUGUCUUGCGAGUAUAAAUAAAGUCACCGGUACAAAUUUAGAUAGUUUAUGUAGGAGAACUAAUAGAACCUCAAGACAAAGUUCCAAAGCAAGAAAAGGUGUGGAUAAUCAUGCAGCAAUCUCAAAGUUGCUUGAUAUCAGAUCCACCUCUUUGGCAUUUGUUAACUCAGCUGAGCAAUCUGAUGAUACUGAAAACUGUAAUUCUGAAGAUUUACCACAGUUGAAGCAUGCACUGUCCCGAUGGACAGUUCACUGUUCUCGCUCAGCUUCACCAUUAUUUAGUGAUUCUGGAUUUGGCAAUUUGUCAUACUCCUCAAAAAUCUCCAGAAUGAUGAGAAGGCAAGAAUCAUCAUCAUGUACUCCUGCAUCAACAAACUCUUACCACAAAUUUGGGACUCAGAACCCCAGUGUUGUUGAUUCAUGUGACAGUACAGCAGCUUCUUGUGAUGGCGUUGAGUUGGACCAUCCAAAUUUACCUAAUGAUCAAGGAUGUGGAAUGAAUUGCUGCUGGUCAAAGAGAACUAAAUAUAGAGGAAUUGGAGGCCUUAAUUCUCCUUCGCUGUCAGACACACUAAAAAGGAAAGGCAGUAAAAUUCUUUGUGGAAGGAAGAGAUCCUCUGGUUAUUCCGAGCCAAAGCGUACGUCUAAAUGUUCUCAAGGUUUGCCUUUAUUGACUAAUAGUUGUGAUGGCGGUACUUACUCAGAUACAACCAGUGAUGAGUUAUCAACUAACCUUGGAGAGCUUGAUUUAGAGGCAGUAAGCCGAUUAGAUGGAACAAGAUGGUCUACCUGUAAAAGCCAAGAUGCAUUGGAAAGCACCAGACUUGGAGAAUCUGACUUGGAGAUCAAGGACAAGAGUGGUCUAAGCCAUAAAUACCAGCCAAGAUCCUUCAAUGAAAUUAUAGGUCAAAACAUUGUUGUUCACUCUCUUAACAAUGCCAUUUUAUUGGGGAGAAUAUCUCCUGCCUAUCUGUUUCAUGGUCCUCGUGGAACAGGAAAGACUUCUGUUGCAAGAAUAUUUUCAGCAGCCUUGAAUUGUCUGUCUAACGAGGACAAGAAACCAUGUUGGUUAUGUUCUGAGUGCACUGCCUUUUCCAGCAAAAGCAGAACUACUAUGCAUGAAGUGAAUUCUACAAGUAAGAAAAAGUUGGAUAAACUUAGAUAUUUGUUGGAAAAUAUCUCAUUGUCUAGAUCAACUUCCCAUUAUAAGAUCUUUGUCUUUGAUGAUUACCACAUGAUGUUUCAAAAGAUUUGGUCAUCAUUUAUGAAGUAUCUUGAAGAACCUUUGCCUCGCGUUGUCUUCAUAUUUUGCACAACCAACAUGAUGAACAUGCCCCACUCAAUUAUAUCACGUUGUCAAAAAUACCUUUUCUCUAAGGUUAAAGAUGAAGGCAUUACUUGCAGAUUAAGAAACAUCUGUGAACAAGAGCAUCUUGAUGCUGAACCAGAGGCUAUGAAUUUAAUCGCUUUGAAUUCAGGUGGUUCACCAAGAGAUGCUGAAUCAAUGCUAGAUCAACUGAGCUUGCUGGGAAAAACAAUAACAACUACUCUUGUAAAUGAUCUUGUUGGAGUUGUUUCUGAUGAUAAGUUACUUGAUCUCCUGGAGAUAGCUAUGUCAUCAGACAAUGCUGAAACUGUUAAAAGGUCCAGGGAGCUGCUGGAUUCUGGUGUUGAUCCGACUGCCUUGAUGGCUCAGCUAGCUGGUCUUAUAAUGGACAUAAUUGCUGGUACAUACAAAUUAAACAACUUGCAGAUUCAUGACACAAAGCUUGGGAAGUACAGUUUAACUGAAGCUGAGUUAGACAGAUUAAAACAGGCUUUGAAAAUUCUUUCUGCUGCCGAAAAGCAACUCCAGCAUUCUAAUGAGCGCUCAACAUGGUUCACAGCAGCUCUGCUUCGUCUUGGUGACAGACAGAGUUUAGAAAGAAUUCAAUUUAGCGACAAUAACAAUCAGAGCAUUAGAAGUUCUGAUGGUAUGAUAUCUGACAUGGUUUAUAGCUCCAGAUUCUGCAAGGACAGGAGAUCUCUUGACGGUGCCAUGAUUGACACUCGUCAUGCAAAUGAAGCAACAAGUGUGAAAUUAUAUGGAUAUGGAAGCUUAGAUGAGCUAGAUGUGACGUGGAGAAGAUGCAUUGAUCAAUGCCAUUCAAAAACAUUGAAGAAAUUGCUAAAUGGACAUGGAAAACUAGUAUCAAUUACUGAUAAUGAAGGAAUCUUGGUUGUUCUAGUUUCAUUUGAGGAUGAUAAGAUAAAGACCAGAGCUGAGAGGUUUUUGAGCAGCAUCACAAACUCAUUUGAGAUGGUCUUGAAACACAAUGUGGAGGUCAGGUUGGAUCUUCUAACAAAAAACAAUGUUGAAGAAAUAAAAACUUUUUCAGAAUCUCCUGCAGGCAAUUCAUUGCAAAAGGAUCUCAGCAAUAAAGUAGAAUUAAAUACUACAAGUGACCUUGCCAACAAACAGAGGCAUAAACCUUGUCUUCCAGUGAAUAGUAGCCGUUACUCCGACAUGCUGCAAGCAGCAGAAAAAUCUGAGACACAUGAAGUAAUAGCAGAAUGCAGAAUACCAACGAUUCCCAUGUCUUUUAAAGAAGGAAAAGAGGAGUCGGCACAACUGUGUCAGAGAGCAACCGCGGAUGAGCAAAGGUUAGAGAGUGCUUGGCUUCAAGCAGCAGAGAAGUAUACACCUGAAUUUAUAGGUCACUCGAAGCCUGAGAAGAACCAGGUUCUCCCCCAAAAUGGUGUGAUUUGUCAGAAUAACAUCCAGUCCCUUAUCGCACUGGACGCAGCUUCAAAAACUAGGAUAGAUGAACUAAAUCAUGAAAUCAAUUGUUUAAAAGUCUGUGAUGUUGGGAGCAGCCACAAGGAACAAACUGGAGCUACAAAUCGGUGUGCCUUUUCACCAAGUGUAUUGCACAGAGAAAACCAGGAUCGUGAAUCAGGACCCGGAUGCAACCGACUCCUCUGUUGGAGAACUCAAAAAAGCAACAGGCAAAAGUCAAAACAAGGAGUUCAAGUUAGAUUGAAAAAGGCUGGACAUCUUUCAUUGCUAGGACAGUGCGCGAAGCUGAAUUCUGCAGAACACAAAUCCCGAAAAUAAGGUCUUUAAAACAAAUCCAGGAGAUCUUUCUUACUGUUUCACGAGUUUGAGGUUUUGGAUGCGAUUGUUUCAAGUAUUUGAUAAUUUACUCUCCCUGUACAAUUGUAGAUGAGUUGAGCAUUAAUCUGUCAAAAACUUCAGGAUUAUCACCAAGCAUAACCUUGUGUCCAACUGUUUCAUCACCAUCAAACUGUUUUCUACAAUUUUAUCAUUGGCAAAACAGCCCUUGGAGUU